AUGGGCUUACAUUUCAAGUGGCCAUUAGGGGCCCCUAUGCUGGCAGCAAUAUAUGCAAUGAGUGUGGUUUUAAAAAUGCUGCCUGCCCUGGGUAUGGCGUGUCCACCCAAAUGCCGCUGUGAGAAGCUGCUAUUCUACUGCGACUCUCAGGGCUUCCACUCAGUGCCAAACGCCACAGACAAGGGUUCUCUGGGCCUGUCCCUGAGGCACAAUCACAUCACAGCGCUUGAAAGAGAUCAAUUUGCCAGCUUCAGUCAACUCACCUGGCUCCACUUAGAUCACAAUCAAAUUUCAACAGUAAAAGAAGAUGCUUUCCAAGGACUAUAUAAACUUAAGGAGUUAAUCUUAAGUUCCAACAAAAUAUUUUACUUGCCAAACACAACUUUUACCCAACUGAUUAACCUGCAAAAUUUGGACCUGUCUUUUAAUCAGCUGUCAUCUCUGCAUCCUGAGCUCUUCUAUGGCCUUCGGAAGCUGCAGACCUUGCAUUUGCGUUCCAACUCCCUGCGGACUAUCCCAGUACGCCUGUUCUGGGACUGUCGUAGUCUAGAGUUUCUGGAUUUGAGCACAAACCGUUUGCGAAGUUUGGCUCGCAAUGGAUUUGCAGGAUUAAUCAAACUGAGAGAGCUUCACCUAGAGCACAACCAGCUGACAAAGAUUAAUUUUGCUCAUUUCCUCCGGCUAAGCAGUUUGCACACACUCUUCUUACAAUGGAACAAAAUCAGCAACUUGACGUGUGGAAUGGAGUGGACCUGGAGCACUUUAGAAAAGCUAGACCUAACUGGAAAUGAAAUCAAAGCCAUCGACUUAACAGUGUUUGAAACCAUGCCUAAUCUUAAAAUACUCCUCAUGGAUAACAACAAGUUAAACAGUCUUGAUUCCAAAAUCUUAAACUCCCUGAGAUCCCUCACAACCGUUGGCCUCUCAGGCAAUCUGUGGGAAUGCAGCCCCCGAGUAUGUGCUCUGGCCUCCUGGCUGGGCAGUUUCCAAGGUCGGUGGGAGCAUUCCAUCCUAUGCCAUAGCCCUGACCACACCCAAGGAGAGGAUAUUCUAGAUGCAGUCCACGGGUUUCAGCUCUGCUGGAAUUUAUCAACCACUGUCACGGCCAUGGCUACAACUUAUAGAGAUCCAACCACUGAAUAUACAAAAAGAAUAAGCUCAUCAAGUUACCAUGUAGGAGACAAAGAAAUUCCAACUACUGCAGGCAUAGCUGUUACUACAGAGGAACACUUUCCUGAACCAGACAAUGCCAUCUUUACUCAGCGAGUAAUUACGGGAACAAUGGCUUUAUUGUUUUCGUUCUUUUUUAUUAUUUUUAUAGUGUUCAUUUCCAGGAAGUGCUGCCCUCCCACUUUAAGAAGAAUUAGGCAGUGCUCAAUGAUUCAGAACCACAGGCAGCUCCGAUCCCAAACACGACUCCAUAUGUCAAAUAUGUCAGACCAAGGACCGUAUAAUGAGUAUGAACCCACCCAUGAAGAACCUUUCAUCAUCAUUAAUGGUUACGGACAGUGCAAGUGUCAGCAGCUGCCAUACAAAGAAUGUGAAGUAUAA